UGUAUUAUAACUGCAUCGCGCUUGUACAUCUAUUAUUUAAAUUGUUGUAAAAAUUCUUUCUUCAUUCUAUUGUUCCAUAUAUUAAAAGUAAUGGCAAUGGCUGAACAACAGUGGUCUACUCAGUAUCCUGGUGUUUGGAACAAUACACGAUCAGAACACGCAGUCAGCAAUCCAAUAAUGGUGCAAGGAAGUGGUGGAAUGAGUGUCGCAAAUUCAGUGUUAUCACCACGCGAAAAUUCACUUUGUACGCAGAUGAUCGCCAAUGUUCUUGGUUCAUCACCUGGCAGUCUGAAUGCGAGCGAUGCGAAAUUUGCGAAUGCGGUGAAACUGGAUGAUGGUAAGUUAGUGGAGAAAAGUGAUGAUAAGUCGAGUAAAUCUGGUAAUGAGACAGUGGAUUCGUUAGCAUCAGGUCCAUUCUUACCGUUGCCCUAUCAACAACCCAAUGAGAUACUGCCCUUGGGGACGACACCAGAAUUUCAGUAUCCUUAUAUGCUGCAAGGGCAGCCGAGUUCGAUUGUGUACUCAAAUACAGCCGCGGGAGGUGCAUUGCAAGGUGCAGCUGGAUUUGGGACGACUCCAACUGGAUAUGGCUAUGGCUCGUGGACAGCUGUCUACAACAGCACUCCUGCACCCGCCGCUUUACCACCGAACUCGGACCCAACGCUCACUCCAAACGGAAAUAUUACUGGAGCACCACAGGCAACAACACCCUCAUCAGCGGUCUAUUCGUCGUCACCACCGACCGCCUUCCCCUUCCCAGUUGGUUAUCCGCAACCGUCAAUGAAUCAUCUUACCUCGGGACUUUCAUCGCUUACAAUCGCACCUCCGGGGGGCAAUGCCUCCACAAGACGCGAUUCAUUCAGUUCCAAUGGUCAUCAGGUUGGUACGCCCACGUAUGGAAUGCAACCGGCUGCACACCAAUAUCUCUUCAUGAACUUCCCACAGACACCACCCACUGGCUCACUUGGAUCAAGUCCUAAUUUCUUCGGUAAUGCAUUUCCACCAGCAUACAACGGCUCGUCGAUGUUCGCGACCUCGUCGGCCAAUCUGAUGCAAGCGCCAUCUGGCACGCAACCACGAUCAUCCAUCUAUAAUCCGCCUCAGCAAGCCGCACAAACGGCUCAACCUUCUCAUCACCCCAUCACUCAACUUCCUUUCAGUACUAAUCUCAACAAUCUUAAUCUUCAUACAAGUCGACGUGCCAUCACCACUAAUAUCAACCCAUCACGUCCUAAUCCUUCUGCUAUUGAUUUUCACUUAAUAAAUGAUUGUAUUUGGAUAUUUCUAGGUGGUCAUAUUGGUGUCGAUGCAGAUAGACAAAAUCGUUCACAUUUGUUGGAUGAUUUUCGAAAUAAUCGAAACCCACAUCUGCAAUUAUCUGAUUUGGGUAGUCAUGUGGUCGAAUUUGCACAAGAUCAACAUGGAUCACGAUUCAUUCAACAAAAGCUGGAACGAGCUACUGUCAAAGAGAAGCAAGCGGUGUUCGAUGAGGUUUCUGCACACGCACAGUCACUCAUGACUGAUGUUUUUGGCAAUUAUGUCAUCCAAAAAUUUUUCGAAUAUGGCACUCCUGAACAAAAAAAUCAACUCACAAAUGCCAUUAAGGGUAACGUGAUGAAUCUUGCAUUGCAAAUGUAUGGAUGCCGUGUUAUUCAAAAGGCGCUUGAAAGUAUUGAACCUGAUCAGCAGAUGGAAAUCCUGAAAGAAAUGGAAGGACAGGUGCUGAAGUGUGUGAAAGAUCAAAAUGGAAAUCAUGUAGUACAGAAAGUGAUUGAACGUGUUGAUCCAGCUCGUUUGCAAUUUAUUAUCGAUGCCUUUGUACAACCAGGAGAUAAUCUCACAGUAUGUAAUCUCUCAACGCACCCAUAUGGAUGUCGUGUUAUUCAACGUGUUUUGGAACAUUGCACUGAAGAGCAAAAACGACCAGUAUUGGAUCAGUUGCACAUGCAUAUUAAGACGUUGGUGGUUGAUCAGUAUGGUAAUUACGUUAUACAGCAUGUCAUUGAACAUGGCUCAAUGGAGGAUCGAGAUCGUAUUGUUAAUCAAAUUAAGGGUGAUGUUCUUCGUUUUGCACAGCACAAAUUCGCAUCGAAUGUCAUUGAGAAAUGUUUGACGUGCGGUGCUCCUCAUCAUAAAAAUUCUCUUAUCACUGAAGUCUGUGGCAACCCAAACGACACAAUGUCAACGCCAUUGUUGAUGAUGAUGAAAGAUCAGUUCGCCAAUUACGUAGUGCAAAAGAUGCUUGAUGUGGCCGAUAGUGCACAUCGUAAAAAGAUGAUGCUGGCUAUAAAGCCGCAUAUCCCAGCACUUAGAAAGUACAACUAUGGAAAGCACAUCAUCACCAAGUUGGAGAAAUACUUCCAAAAACAGAAUGGUGGAUUGCCGAUAACUCAACCAGAUUAUUCGGUAAUUCCUUCUGUCCAGAUGAUGUAA